UCCGAACCCUUUUUAUUGCCGAGCCCAUUGCACCGGUAAAAGACUUCAGACUUCAUCACACCCUCUCUCUCUCUCUCUCUCUCUCUCUCUUUCUCUCUCAUCUCCCAUCCCUUCUCACUCUUUCUUAUUUCCUUCAUUGAUUUAUGGACAAAGGAGGUGGACUCACUAUUGAUUCUUCCGAGAUUGGGUUCUUUGUCACCAAGCCUACUGCGAUCAAGUCAUUCCUGACAACCAAUCAUCCCAAGUGGAAGCACGAUCCCAUGGAUUUUCCGGUUAAUCUUAAUUGUAGAGAUGAUCAAGAUUCUCCAGUGCCGUCCGACGAGAAGCGGGUCGAUGAAAUGGACUUCUUUUCCGAUAAGAAUCGGUUGAAAGAUUUCGAUGCCAAAGCAUCCAUUAUCGAUGUUAAGAAGGAGGAUUCCCAUGGUGGGGUGGCACCAAGACUCGAUUUGGCUGUAAAUACUGGUUUGCACCUUCUUACGGCAAACACCGGCAGCGACCAAUCAACGGUGGACGACGGGAUUUCACCUAAUGCCGACGACAAGCGAGCCAAGAGUGAGCUGGCGGCCCUUCAAACCGAGCUAGACCGGAUGAACGAGGAGAACCAACGGUUGAGAGCGAUGCUUAGUCAGGUUACCAACAACUAUAGCGCACUACAGAUGCAUCUCGUAACAUUGAUGCAGCAACAGAACCGCAAGGCUGAAAGCGCCCAAGAUCAGGAGAUGUUAGAUGGAAAGCUAGAAGAGAAGAAACAUGAAGCCGGCGAAGGGUUGAUAGUUCCAAGACAAUUUAUGGAUUUAGGCCCGGCUGCGACAGCUGAGACUGAUGAGCCUUCACAGUCAUCCUCUGAAGGGCGGAGCCGUGAUCACUCUGGAUCCCCUCAUAAUAAUGCAGAAGUGGUCUCCAAGGAAUACAGGCAGCAGAAGAAUAGCAGCAACAACGAGAUUGUUCUAUUCGAUCAGGACAAGAGUGAUUUUGGAGAGGAUAGAGGGAUUGGCAGGGAAGAGAGCCCUGACCAAGGAUGGGUUGCUAACAAAAUCCCAAAACUGAAUCCCUCCAAGAACGUUGAUCAAACCACAGAAGCCACUAUGAGGAAGGCUCGGGUCUCGGUUCGAGCACGGUCAGAGGCUCCCAUGAUCACUGAUGGGUGCCAAUGGCGAAAGUAUGGACAAAAGAUGGCAAAAGGGAAUCCUUGCCCCCGAGCUUAUUACCGCUGCACCAUGGCUGCUGGUUGUCCAGUUCGGAAGCAAGUUCAGAGAUGUGCAGAAGAUCGAUCAAUCCUCAUAACAACCUACGAAGGAAACCAUAAUCACCCACUCCCUCCAGCAGCUAUGGCGAUGGCAUCGACUACAUCAGCAGCAGCUUCUAUGCUUCUCUCUGGAUCAAUGUCCAGUACUGAUGGGCUACUGAACUCAAAUUUCCUGGCAAGGACUCUUCUGCCUUGCUCAUCAAGCAUGGCAACGAUCUCUGCUUCGGCUCCGUUUCCCACCGUGACGUUGGACCUUACCCACACUCCCAACCCUUUGCAGUUCCAAAGGCCACCCAGUCAAUUCCAUGUUCCAUUCCCUAACCAAGCCCAGAGCUUCCCUUCUCAGCCAGCUCCCCCACUGACUCAGGUCUUCGGACAAGCUCUCUACAAUCAAACAAAAUUCUCUGGACUACAGCUCUCUCAGGAUGUAGAACCUUCUCAAUUCGUCCACCAAUCGCCAGCUCCAGCACCACACCAGGCACAGCAGCCCUCAUUGGCUGACACAGUUAGCGCAGCGACGGCGGCCAUCACCGCUGAUCCAAACUUCACUGCGGCUCUUGCUGCUGCCAUCACCUCCAUUAUUGGAGGAGCCCGUCCGACCAACAACAGCAGCAGCAACGACAAUAACAACAACAGCAGCAACAACAAUGGAAACACCACCACCACAAGCAACAGCAAUGGCAAUAACAACAAAAUUAGCAACUCAACUUUUCCAGGGAAUUAAAACCAUAGUCCAUCUUCAUCUCUUCUUAUUCUUUGAUGGGUUUUUUCCUUGUUUUUUUUUGUGGUGGGGAAAAAAGCAAAAGAUGAGAUUAUACAGGUCUUUUUUUUUCUUUUUUUUUUGGGUCGGGAAAAGAGCAUAUUACAAUUUCAUUCUUUCUUUAUAUUGUUUAAAUUCAAUAAUUUGAUCCUAAUUAUCUGUGAAUACAGAAAAAAAAUUGCAUAUUACUUGUUUUGAAUCAAAGUAGUUAGAAUUUUGAAGAAA